CGCUCAAUACCAAAAUACAAAAUGUUGUUGUGCGGAAUAUUGAAAACGGUCAUAUAACGCGUAAAAUGUAAACAACUUUUCCAAUUUUAAAGUUUCUUUAAAAUGACUAGCUUAUACUUCGAUAUAAAUGAAAAUCAGUGGCCACUCAUUUACGACGAAAAGUACAAUGUGUCCGUUUGCGGUCUAGAGAAAUUCCACGUUUUUGACGCCAAGAAAUGGCGUAAUAUUAUUCAAUAUCUAAAAGAUGCAGAAUUUAUUACUGACGAGUGCUUGGUGAAACCUAACGAAGCUCAGAAAAGAGAUUUGAGACGAGUUCAUACAAAACGAUACCUAAAUUCAUUAAAAUGGAGUAUGAGGGUGGCCAUUAUAACAGAGGUGCCCAUGGUUGCGUUGCUGCCGAAUAUAUGUGUCCAGUAUGCGUAUUUGAGGCCUAUGAGACUUCAGACCGGCGGCUCAGUGUUGGCUGGGAAGCUGGCGCUCGAGCGCGGCUGGGCGGUGAACGUGGGCGGGGGCUUCCACCACUGCAGCGGCGACCGCGGCGGCGGCUUCUGUCCCUACGCGGACAUCACGCUGCUCAUCCGCUUCCUCCUGGACAGCGAGCUCAUACAGAACGCCAUGAUCGUCGACCUGGACGCUCAUCAGGGUAACGGAUACCAGCACGACUUCCUGGGCGUGCCCGAGGUGUACAUAAUGGACAUGUACAACAAGCACAUUUACCCUAGAGACCGCGAGGCGAAGCAGGCGAUUCGGCGCAAGGUCGAGCUUGGCCAUCGCGUCGAAGAUCUGGAGUAUAUGCUGAAACUGAGGCAGAAUCUAAAAGCGGCGUUAAAAGAGUUCACACCCGACAUUCUGGUGUACAACGCCGGCACAGACAUACUCGACUCGGACCCUCUCGGCAACUUGAGGAUUAGCAGUGUGGGUAUAAUAAAACGUGACGAAUUCGUGUUCGAAAUGUGCCGAUCCCACAAGGUCCCAAUAGUGAUGCUCACGAGCGGUGGGUACCUCCGGAAAACUGCCAGGAUCAUCGCUGACUCCAUCAUGAACUUGCACAGAAAAGGGCUGAUCACUGGUAACUGCCCAGUGGCCGAAGAUGAUUAACCUUUUGGACGCCAAUGACCGAUAUAUCCGCACCGUAGGUCUAACGCCAAAGACGGAUUAAUCGGUCACAGAGCAACACAGACGUGCAUAAUAUGCAUAAAGUUCAAUUUCAGUUUUGACACUUCGGUGACGUGGCGUCUGAGUGACAGCUUUUGUUUGACACGGCGUCGAAAAGGUUAAAUCAUAAACAAACGGAAUGCUUGCAAUGCCAUCUAAUUCUAUAAUAUGUGACGUUCCACGGGCGGUCAGCACUUACGUUAUUAUUAACGAGUCUCCAGUACUACGGUGCUACGCGACGUACUUAAGCGCCGACCGCCAUAAGGUACCUUUACUCGUGAAACGUCACAUAUUUUGUUCAACACGUCUACUAUAGAUAGUUAUUUUGUGUAUGGCUGGAAUUACUUAUCUUAUUCUGACGGAAAUA